CCAAAACUUCCCAUCCACAACAACACAACCAUGCUCCAACCGCGAAUAUCAUCGUCCCUCCGCCGGGCCCUCCUUAAUCCCACCUCCCAAUCUCGCCUCUCUCACCAACAAUCUCCUCAUAUCCACCGCUCACUUCUCCUCCUCCGCAAUCGUCCACACGCGCAACCUUUCACCUCCGCACCCGCCCUCCGCACCUCCAACACCCCUCCCCCCGCCUCCCAACAAGAAAAACCCAAUGACCCCAAAAAAGAAACCUUCAUCCCCCGGCCCCUCGGCCGCCCAAUCGGUUUCGCGACCCCGCCUCUCCCCGGCCAAAACACGGGCACCUCGACCCCGCAACCCAAAGAAUACAAAUCCAUGACGCGCUCCGAACGCAACAUGGCGAAGCGCAUGGACCUGGUCGAGAAAUUCGGCACAAACUACUUCCGGGAUUUCAAGAACAUCCGCAAAUACCGCAGCGGCAAGACGUUUAUGGCGAAUGCGCGCAUCUUCAAACGGGAGGCUGCGCUGUACUUUCCGAAUCUGCGGGGUGCGACGUUGGAGGGGGGAGUGGCGGAUACGACGAGCGUGUUGGCGGGGAAGGCGAGCGUGGUCAAGGUGUAUAGUUCGCAUUGGGGCGAGAUCCAGGUGGGCACUUUUACGUCCCGGGAGGCGAAUCCGGGGCUUCAUGCGCUGUUGGAGGAGCAUGGGGAUAAGGCGCAGAUGGUGGAUGUGAAUAUCGAGGAGAAUGCUAUGAAGGCGGUGCUGUUGAGGGUGUUUCGGUAUUCGCUGAGGCGGCAGAGGAAGAAGGAGGAUUGGGGCAAGUACUUCGUGGUAAGGAAGGGGGUGACGGAGAGGAUCAGGGAGACGAUUGGGUUGUUGAAUGGGAGGGUUGGUUAUGUUUAUCUGCUGGACCGGGACUGUAAGAUUCGGUGGGCGGGGAGUGCGGAUGCGGAGGGGACAGAGGUGGAUGAUUUGACGAGGGGUUUUGCGAAGUUGAUUAAGGAGGAUGCGCAGGAGGGGAAGGAGGUCAAGGUGGAUUCGUUGGCUGGAAGCGAAAAUGGCGAGGAGAAGACGGCUGAGGCGGACAAGCCUCUACCUGUCCCAGUACCUGUUGCUUUCUAA